CAACUGCGCCGCUUGUUUGUCAGUAAGCCCUCAAAUCGCAACUUUGGUAUUCACUAAAAAGGUAACUUAUCCGCCUGAACCCGAAGGAUAAUGUACAUAUAUUAUCUUAUAUAAAUGCGAAGACGGAUUGACACUGUGAGGACAAUUUCAACGUCGAUGACCGUCAGUGUUGUGGAUACGAUAUUGAGUGAAACUGGACUGGAGCAUAUUCAAAGUGUCUGGCCAUCCUACCCUUGCCUACAGUUGGAAGUUUGGUGCCUGUUGUAGGCUGUGCAUGUUUGUUCCUCACCAGUGAUUCCCCAUGCUUGAUAGAAGCUGCACCCCGUGUCUUACAGGAUGGAUGAUGUGGACUUAAAGAGACCUGUGUAUCAACAUCAGCAAUCUCUAUUCUGCUGUGGUGUUCAAUCUUUUACUGUUUACAAGAGAUCACCUCCCAUCCUACACCUCCAAGCUCUGCACUAUAUAUAUAAAGACAGUCUUUAAGCAAUAAAAAGACAGCAGGAGGCAGAAGUUGUAAGAAUAUCUGUCUUUUUUUCUUUUUAAGGCAUAGGUCGAUACUGCUUAUAUAAGCUUAUGGCGGACAUGGCAGUAUCCUUAUUUUAAUAUUUCAGUUAUUGGACCCCCUUACUAUUGGUGUGGGUGGUGGGAUGUCGGAAAAGCCAGACGACAAAAUGGUGAAGUUCCUGGCUCCCCCCCAGAAGAGUGGAAAUGGCCCCAGUUCUGGUUCAGAUUCGAUGGUGAGUGAAUGCCGGCCAACAGAAGUGAGACGCCGGCAUCACACCAUGGAGCGUGAUCGAUGUAACCCCGAACACCGUUUCUUGCGACGUAGUGUCAUCAGUGAUUCCAAUGCUACAGCAUUGGCACUCCCUUUACCCAGCAAGAUCCCCAUCCCUGCACCUCAUCGGGUUCAGCUACGGGAAGCUGCCCCCCAGCGGCAACAGGCUGCUGCUGUUGCUCAUUUGCCGCAGCCUGAACCAAGUUUAGCUAAAAAUGAGGAAUCUGCUGAUAGUGGAAGAGGAGGACAAAAAGGAAAAGAUGUUGACAUAGCCAAGGUGGAUGUAGUGCCUUCAGAGCAGGAGCCUGCCAUUGUACAAGAUAUCUGUGAUGGAGAGGUGGUGGUAGCAGCCCGUUCUGCACCAUGCUUAGGAACAGAAUUGCCAUGCCAAACAGAAUCUGAAAGCACCACUGAGGUGAAGGUACAUCAUGAAGAAGAGGGGGAAGAAGAAGAUAAGGACUCUGCCAAGGCACGUGCAGAGGCAGAGCAGAGAGAAGCUGAGAAAAAAGUUCAGGAUGACAUCGAAGAGGCAGAGACCAAAGCAGUGGGAACAUCACCGGAUGGGCGUUUCCUAAAGUUUGAUAUAGAAAUUGGACGUGGCUCCUUCAAGACCGUCUACAAAGGCUUGGACACUGAGACCACAGUGGAGGUGGCUUGGUGUGAGCUGCAGGAUCGUAAGCUGUCAAAGACGGAGAGGCAGCGCUUUAAGGAGGAAGCGGGUAUGUUAAAGGGACUACAGCAUCCCAACAUUGUCCGUUUUUACGACUCCUGGGAGGGACCCUCCAAAGGAAGGAAGUGCAUUGUACUGGUCACUGAACUCAUGACUUCUGGCACACUCAAAACAUAUCUGAAGCGGUUCAAGGUGAUGAAAAUUAAAGUGCUGCGGAGCUGGUGUAGACAAAUCCUCAAGGGACUCCACUUUCUUCAUACUCGGGCUCCCCCCAUCAUCCACAGGGACCUUAAGUGUGACAACAUUUUCAUCACAGGCCCAACAGGAUCCGUCAAGAUUGGAGACUUGGGACUGGCCACACUCAAGCGUGCAUCAUUUGCCAAGAGUGUCAUAGGUACCCCUGAGUUCAUGGCGCCUGAGAUGUAUGAGGAGAAGUACGACGAGUCAGUGGAUGUGUAUGCCUUUGGAAUGUGCAUGCUGGAGAUGGCCACCUCAGAGUACCCUUACUCAGAGUGCCAGAAUGCUGCACAGAUCUACCGCAGAGUUACCAGCGGGGUGAAGCCGGGCAGCUUCGACAAGGUGGCCAUUCCUGAAGUGAAGGAGAUCAUCGAGGGAUGUAUUCGGCAGAACAAGGAUGAGAGGUACUCAAUCAAGGACCUUCUGAACCAUGCCUUCUUCCAGGAGGACACAGGGGUGCGUGUGGAGUUGGCAGAAGAGGAUGAUGGAGAGAUGGAGGCUAUCAAGCUGUGGCUGAGAAUUGAGGAUAUAAAGAAACUCAAGGGAAAGUACAAAGACAACGAAGCUAUUGAGUUUUCUUUUGACCUCAACAAAGACGUCCCAGAAGAUGUGGCUCAGGAAAUGGUUGAGUCUGGUUAUGUGUACGACGGUGAUCACAAGACCAUUGCAAAGGCCAUAAAGGACAGGGUGUCUCUAAUCAGUCGAAAGAGAGCACAACGGCAGCAGGUCAGAGAAGAUCAGGAGAAAAGAAGGCUAGAAGAAGAACAGCAGAAUCCGCUACUGCCAGUUCAGCAACCAAGCCAACAGUCAUGCACAGAGGCACCUCAGUCCCAGCCAGUGCCACAGUCUGCUUCUUAUGUCUCUCCACAACCAAACCAGCACAGCACACAGAUGUCUGCCCAACCUGCAUCUCAGCAGAGCCUUCAGAGCUCUAACUACAGCACUCCUCAAUCAACCCAACUGACCGGCAUGACGCAGGGGGUCCCUUACGUUCCCCACUCAACUGGGCAAGUCCCAGUUUCAGUUCAGGGUCAGAGUGUGACUACCAUCCAGUCAGAGUCAGAGGAGCCAGAAACUGACCAACACCAACAACUACAGCACACUGGAGGAGCCAGUCACAUGGGAGACAGACUACCUGAUUCCUCCAUCCUUCCCGAAGCUCAGCCUCCUCAGCCUGGAAUAUCCUACAGCUCCCUUCCCAGUCAGCACCUUCAGCCCCAGGUGUCCUGCCCGCAGACACAAAAUGACCAAACGCAGCAGCAGUUGCCAGUUCAACCCCAGAUACAAGGUGUCCAACCUGAAGCUGUUCCUGUUGCAGCCAGCAGCCAGUCAGUUCCCGGGGCACCUCCACAGUAUGGAGUUUACUACCAACCAUCGCUUCCCCCUCAGAUUCCCACCCAGCAAGUGAUGAUACCCCCGUCCUCUCAAUCGUCUCCGUCCCAACAACCAGAGAGCAGCAGUACUCUUCAGAGCUCCACUAUACCGCAGGCACAGACUGGAGCUCAGCAGGCCCCUGUGAGCAUUCCUCAGUCAGCAGCCGUGGAGCAGCCAGCAGGAUCCACUGCUCUGGUGCCACCAUCUGUAGAAAGCUGCCUGUCAGAUGCAGCUUCAGGUCUUAGUGAUGGCAAUGAUGGAAGUUCUACAUCAGGAGGUCGCCAUGAGGGGCGCUCACUGAAGCGUCACCAGCGGCGAUCUGUACGCAGCCGCUCCCGCCAUGAGAAGACUGCAAGGGCCAAGCUAAAUGUUCUCAGUAUCUCUAAUGUGGGAGACAGAGUAGCGGAGUGCCAGCUCGAAACGCAUAACAGGAAGAUGGUGACCUUCAAAUUUGACCUUGAUGGUGAUAAUCCAGAGGAGAUUGCACAGAUCAUGGUUGAGAGUGAGUUCAUCUUGGAAAGUGAGCGGGAGUCCUUCAUCGAGCAGGUCCGUGAAGUCAUAGAAAUGGCUGACGAGAAAGGAGAGAGAAUGAAGGAUGGGUUUCCUCAGAUGAGUGAUCACCAACCACAGGCUGAGCUGUCUGUUCCCAUGCUGCCAGGCAUUUCCCCGAGCACUACAGCCCAGGUGGUGCAUUCAGCAGGACGAAGGUUCAUAGUCAGCCCAGUGCCAGAGUCUCGUCUCAAAGAACAGUUCUUUGGUGCUUCCUCUGCUAAUACCUCCUUUGGAGAUGAACCUGCCCCAGCUCCCUCUAUGACAUUGGGCCUUUCUCUGUCUGCUCCAUCGGGCACUCUCCAGCAGGCUUUCAGUGAAAUGAGGCAGGCUCGUGAAGAGAGAUGCAGCACCCUUGAUCUCCCUGCUGCUGUGCAAGAACCAGGCACUGUCCCGUCCACUGAGGCAGGACUCGGCCCAAACUCUAACAGUGUACUUGCUCCUCCAGAGGCUGGAGGUUCCACCACUACCGCUACUUUUCCUGCUGUGUCUCUCUCGUCUAUAUCAGCAUCCUCACCACCUGCCUCUACUGGAAGGGUUUCCCCUCCUCCUAUAUCCACUCAGUCCCAAACUCCAGCUCCUGUCACCAGUGAUCCCAGUCCACCUGCUCAGUCUUCCCACGAAACAGCCCCCUCACAGCAUGCACCAGCUGCCAACAUCCCUCCUUCAUCUUCCACCAUUUGUCCUCCAUCAGGGCAGACGUCCGUCCCUGCAGUACCUGGGCCUCAGCUCAAUAGUAGUUCUGUCUCUUCUGUUGCUAGUGUCACACCCAGUAGUACUUGCACUGUUCCUGCUUCAGAGCAGCAGCAGUUUAAUAGUGCUGUUACUCAGCCUAUGAGUUCGUCCAUCCAUGCACCACAGCACACAACCUCUCAGUGUCAGCCCGUUCCCAUUUCCACGCAGCCCCCUCCUCCCACCUCGUUACCCAACCAGAGCCAGGUCCAACCGCAGCCGGUGGAGUCAGAGGGGGCUGAGCUCCAGACCAAGACUGCUGGCAGAGAUGAUAUUCAAGCUCUAGAUAAGAAGCUACGGUCCCUCUUUAAAGAUCAGAGCUCUGCCUCUUCGUCCACAUCAGUGGAUGCCAGUCAGAACACAGGCACCGCCUCUCCUCCCACUGGAACUUCUUCCCCUCCACCCGGAGCCGCCCUGGUCCCCCCAUCUAACCUGCCCCUCAACUCUGGGGUGCAAGGUGUCCUGUGCCCCACAACAACCCCAGGACAGGGUAUCACCCCAGCAGGACAUGCACAGACGCCUCCAACUAAGCCGAGGGCACAGACUUUACCUACUGGUUUUGACCAAGCUGCUACACCUCCCUCUGACCUUGUACCCCCCUUUCCUGGACCAAAUCAGUCACAGCAACCCCUGGGCACUUUGGAUGCGGAGUUGAGGAGAGCUCUGAGCCCAGAGACUGUCCAGGGGGGUAACAGAGUCCAGCCCUCAGCAGCUGGUUUCACUCUUGGACGUUUCCAAGUGUCUGUUGCCACUGAUGGUGCGUCCAGAGGCGUUCCAGAUCCCUCCAGCAUUGUGUCCUCUUCUUCCCUCACGCCAUCCUCUACCUCCUCCUCCUCCUCUUCUUCCUCUUCCUCUUCCUCCUCCCCCUCAAGUCCAGAAAAUACCCUCCACCGGUCAUCCUCUCUGGCCAAAGGCGUUUGUGAAACUGACGCUGUAAAUGGAGCGUCAUCUCUCUCUGUUGGUCCUGCCAGUCAGUCCACCACUAUUGGUCGCUUCCAAGUGUCCACGAGCACCAAUGCCACAUCUGGGCCAACCACUGGCUCUAAAGUGGGACGUUUUUCUGUCACAGUGACCCCAGCUCUAGCAGCAGGCUCCAGUAUGCAGAAUGGACCCUCAUCCUCCACCUCUGAUCCUCAUAACACACAUCCCCAUUACAGUAGUGACAAUGACGACGACUCUGAGACUGAGGAUGAAGCUUUGCAGAAAGAAAUUAGCCGUCUCAGAGAAAAACAUAUGAUUGAGAUCCAGGCCUUGCAGACUCGUCAGAAAGAGGAGAUAGAGUCUCUAUUCACACGGAUGGGAAAGCCUCCUCCGCCCUCUGUCUUCUCCCCUGCUGUGGUAAUGGCCGGAGGUAGACGUAGGCGCAAAAGCCACAAAUCUGCUCGAAGUAGUGGACAGCCCAGCCCCAUACACUCAGGAUCCUCAGCCUCAGCUCAGAGUCCUCAUGGUUCAGAGUCCUCUCCAAAGCAAAGUUCAGUGUCAGAAACAGCAACAGGGGCAUCACAAGCAGCUGGCAGGUCCUCCAUACAGCAGCUCCGGUCCUCUCCAUCCAUGCCCAGCCUCAGUAGCUGCACAACAGGAUCAAGUGGGACCAGCUCCACAAAUGGUUCAGGCCACUGCCAGAACCACUCUGCUUCCUUGGCCCAGGGGACUGGACCGACUCCUCUUGCCUCUCACACCCAGAAGGGCAAGGGCACCUUCACUGACGACCUGCACCAACUGGUGGAUAACUGGGCCAGGGACGCUAUCAGCCUCUCCCAGUGCAAGAGAGGUCCCAAAACUGGGGCACAGGGAGCACUGGGACAUGAUAUUAUCCCUCCAGCCAACAUGGGACGCAAAUUCUCAGCUCCAGGGUAUCUCUGCCCUACACUUCCCACGCCCUCCAACACCACAUCCACCACCACCAACACUCACCUCCCUAACCAAGCCAAUCCUUCUGUCCCAGUGGGGCCUCGUAAAGGCUCUCUGGGCCCAGUUGCCCAGGGGUUUGGAUACGCUUCAUCCCCGUACAGCGCUCCUCAGUGGGCAGGACCCACAGGCGCAUGCCAGGUCAGCAUGCUUAACCCCACACAGCCGUUAACACAGUACCAGCCGCCUACAACAGCCUCAGUGCCCCUGCACCAAGGCUACCACAUGGGAGCCACAUCAGCCCCCCAGAAAUCAGUCAGCCCUGGAGCGUCCAACCUGAGGCCAACGUAGCCCAGUCAGAGCCCUGGUCCAGGCUAAGACGGCGGACCACACAGGGCAGACAGUUUUUGAACCACUAGCUCUCUUUGCUGUUUGCUGGUUAGCUGACUGGAUUAUUGGGCUUUUUAUUUUUAUUUCAACUUUUAUUGUUAUGUGUUUUUUUUUCUCUGUAAUAGAGAUGAGCUGUGUGGUUCAAGUCCUCUCAUGCAGAACGAAAUCUGUCUGGCAAUUGGAGGGAGAGUGCAAUACACAUCCACAGCACAAAAGUCUCACACUUAGCCUGCCAUUAGCUGUGGAAUCGAGCUGUGAUGAGCCGUUUGGUCGUGUCUGGUGAUGUAAUGACCCAAAGGCAUAACCAACAACAUGCCAAAGAUGUCUUUUGAGAGCAGACGUUGCAAUGUCGUCAUUCCUUUGAAGAGGAGUAGACAGCCGAAAGCCGAGCUGGGACCGAAUACAGUUGAACUAAUACACCACAUAGACACAUGUGUGCGCACACACCUGACUAAACAUUCAUUUGGUUGAGUGACUUGGGAUGGUAGGUAAAGUUGUCUCAGAGAGUGAAGGGGGAGUGUUCUGGAAAGUGGGAGAUAGGAGUGGGACAGUUUGUCUUAGAUGGGAAAGUAAAGUGUGGCUGGAGGAGUCAGGAGAAGAAAGACAUAGUAAGUUAGGCAGGAGUGAAAUGGAUAGGGUUGCAGUAUGAAGACAUCCCAGUGGCUACAUAUUAAGUAAAAUGCAAUAAUGAAAAAGAGUAGAUAUACUGUCCCUUGUAUCUGUGGCCUUAUUCCCCCAACAUUUAAACAUUGACUUUGUACAUAGGUAUUUCUUCACUGGGUUGUGAUUCCAUGUUUAGCAUAUUUAUGUCCCUGUGAGAGUCUGGUGUCAUUGUGAUUUGAGUUGUCUAUCCAUAAAGAUUUAUUAUCAUACUGAUUUAUUCUACAUGUCUGAUAUUUAAGCCAGUGGAUCUGCCAUACAAAAAAAGCGUUGUCCUGGUGUUGACCACCAUUUGAAGUUUGAAUCUUAACAGGUGAUGCUGCUGUAUAUCACAAUCUGGCUAGGACGGUGUUUGCAGGGUGUUCGCUUCUUCUUCUUUGUUUUCUCCAAGAAUGAAAUCUUGGUAAGAAUCCUAAGUUGACACAUGAAACCAUUUCACUUAGUGCUUAGCAGUGACUUUUGAGCAGUUCAAAAUCUGUUCCUUAUAUCCUACACAAUGGUAUAGUUUUGGUUUAUUGUAGUAGUAUUUGUGGAUGGGAUGCAGCCUCCCAUCUUCUCUCAGUUGUUUAGACAGUGCACAGUACAUAGAUGAACAGGUUGUUAGUGAAGUCAUGUCACAUUAAAUAUCUCAGCUCAUAUCAUUUAGCCGUCAUGUCUCAAAUCGCAAGUGUCUGGGGUUCUCUCUUUCUGUGGUCUGUUUUUGUAUGCGUAUAUUUAAUAAAACAAAUGUUCUUUAUGGACCUGUAUUCAGCCAUCAGAUUUUGAUGUUGUUUCACUGUAAUUAUUUUUAAAGGUUGUUAAACAACAUGUAGUUAAAGGAAUAUAAAAAGUGCAAUUGCAGGGUUGUUGUUAUUGGUAUGCUACUCACCAGGCUGGAGUAAUCCUGCUGUUUAUUAAGCUCUUCUAUCUAUGACUGCCCUGCCCCCUUUUUCUAUUUAAUUGUAUAUAUGUUAAUGUGAGGUAAAUGCUUUCACCUGAUGCUCAGUCACUAGAGUACGCUUGUGGUGACCCACUCUACAUGCACAUGCACUCUAACCUGUAAACAUGAGGAACACUUUAGUGCCUUGCAUCCUCACUAAUGACAAGUUCCAGAUUCAUCUAGUCCUGUAGCUGUGACUGUAGUGCAGAAAACCAGUCAACUAAAAUCUGCACACGAUGUAAACACAACACGCAGCUCCAUAACUGACACACAGCCAGCUCAGAGGCUGUGACACUCUGAAACAUUAGACACGACACCACACACAGGACUGCAGAACAAAGAGCACACUGAUGUGGAAACCGUUUUUCUCUCUACAGUUACAUUUGUGUUGGCUGUGUAUUUACUGUAUAUUUGGCUCAUGCAUUCAUGGAUUUGGCUGACAUUUGUUUUUGUGGAUUUAUCAUUAAACCGUGUAAUAGAAACACCUGUGCAGGCAGCGAGUGAGCCGUGUAAAGGUUUAAAAGUUGUCGUGCCCUCAUGCUGGCUCAACCUUUGUCUCACCCACCUCACACGAGUGCCAUGCUGUCGUUGUGACUUUUUCGCCUGCUUGUAGAUUGGACGAAUAGUUAAACUUCUCUAGAGAAAAAAUAAGUUACUGCAAUGCAGGAUAUGCAAUGUUUAAAGUUUUAAAGGGACUGAGGGGUAUGGAAACAUUUGCAUGCUGAAGAGGGUUGUUACUGACUUCAAUGUUUUUGAUAUUGGAAUAUUAGAGAUCUUUGUUUUUUAUUCCUUGCCUUCCUGAGUCAUCAUUUAUGUGUUGAUCUGUUCAAUUGCCAUUCACCAAUAUCACAGGCACAACUUCAAUAUCAGACUAGCAGCAUAUGAUUUCUGCAUGCCGGCUUCACUGAUGUUUAAUCUUACAAAUGAAAACUAACUGGCCACUGUACAGCACAAGCUCUCAGCAAAGCUUAAGGUCCAUGUGCUACUAUGCUUCUAUCGGUAAUUAUCACAGACCUCUACACAGUACUGUUUGAGGCUACUGACACGCAGUAAGAUGUUGACUUCUUAUUUCUGAUCCCUCCUGACUUCCUGUGAUUCAGUGUCUGUUUUGUGUAUGUUUUUCACAUUGUACAAAAUGUAAAAACAAAUAAA